ACGAACGCUGGAUGCCAUGCGAGUCAUAGUUAUCCUAAUAAAAAAGGGGUGUAUGGACGCUGUUCCUCUCGUAGGACAAGUAAACCUGAUACCCAGAAGUGUCAGGAAGAAAGUUGGAUGCAAUAUUUUUUUGUUAUCCUAAUAGUCAUCACUAAUGACCAAGAUGCAGCUUCUACAAAAGAUAUUUUGUGGUCUACAGCUUGUUCAAAAUUAUCAGUAAACACCCAGAUCCAAGCACAAAGUAUUAUUUCUUCCAAAAUAAGAGAUGAGUCUAAAGGGUCAUUAUUCAUUCAAUUUCCUAUCAAGGGCCAAUCUGACAAGGAGAAAGACAAUAAUCCUGAUCACUUACCUGAAUUAGAACAUAACCCGACAAGACCUGAAUCAUUAGCAGAAUCUAAAACACCCAAAUCUUCAUCACAAGAUACUAUCAGUGACGAUUCAGUUGAGAUUCUUAAAUUUGUAGAAACAAUAUAUAAAGAGAAUAUUAGUAAUGAAAUAAGGAAGAGAAACAGAAAAAAGAAACUUCAAAAUCAAGGAUCAAUGCAAAGCACAUCUUCCUCUUCUGAUAUACAAAACAAUGGGUUAAAUCCU